AUGUCUUAUAAACAAGAUAGUGAUUCAUAUGUAGCAUCACCCAUAAAUAUAAAACCUCCUCCAUUUCCAACUGAUGCUACUUCAACUUCUUCAAAUAAACGAUGUAGUAGUAAUGACUUGCUAUCAACAUGUAAAGAUUUAUCAAUCGCAAAAAGUAGUCUUAAAGUUGCAAACCAAGUGUUCAAAGAUUUAAAACAUGAAGAUAUAUCUGCAAAAGGAUUGGAAGUAACCAAAUAUGGUGAAGAUAUGUUAGAAGAAAUUCAAAAAUUGUUAUCUAAAAGUUCUCGUUCUAAAGAAACAAAUGAUCAGUCUUGCGAACUUGAAAAUGAUGAGAAUAAAGCAAAUCUUAGAUUUAAAAAAUUUAUUGAGGAGUCCCCUGAUUUUCAAUAUUUUGUAGAUCGUCUUUGGAAUAUCAAUCUUUUAAUUGAUAAUGAAAUAAACGAUGCAAUUAAUAAAUUGAGGGUAGCAAUCAAGCAUUGGAAAUCUAAACAAGGUGGUUGGAAUCUAAUUAGAAGUAAAACUUUUUCCUUUGUCAAAUUUCUUUCGAUUUCAAGAAGACGAUUUGAUGAUAAAUUUAAGAUCAAUGAAAAUGAUCUUUCGGAGGGUGAGAUAGUUAUAGGAAGUAAAAAGCAUAUAUCUCAACGAAUUUAUCGAAAAUAUACCAGAGUUGCUGAAAAGACUGUUGAUAAUUGUGAUGAUGACGAAUUGAAAAAAGAAAUUAAAUAUAUGCAAGAACUUGAAUAUUCUAAUUUAACGUCAGAUAAUAAAUUAUUAAUUGCGCGCGGAAUUGCCAAUGCGUUGGAUUAUUGCCAUGAAAAAAAUAUUUUACAUGGUGAUAUCAGAACGUUAGAAGAAAUCAAACGCACAAUACUUGACGGAAACCGUCCUGAACUUACAUCAGAAGAUGGUGAAUACCAAAAAAUUAUUAAAAAAUCGUGGUCUCAAGAUCCUUCUUCACGUGAUACUAUGAAAUCGAUCCUAGAGCAUCUGAAUAAAUUAAUAAAUUCUUCUGGGAAAGAUGCUAAUGACGAUUUUGAUAGCACUGAUCAUAUAGAUCUAUCAAAUUAUGGAAUUUUAAGACGUAAUAGCCACAUUCGAUCUAGUCAAUAUUCAAUCUCAUAUAAAGACAUAGAAAGAGGUAUUGAUUUCCAUAAACAUAAGAAAUAUAAAGAUGCAUUGGAUAUAUUUCAAAAUUGUUAUGAUUCACAACAAAAUGAUCCAAAUGCAAAUUUCUGGCUGGGGUUUUAUUACAUUAAAGGUUUUGGUGUAAAAAAUGAUGGAAAAAAAGGCAUGAUGUACCUCAAAAAAGCAUCUGAAUUACAACAUCCGGAAGCCCAAUAUUGGUAUGCGUUAACUUUGUUAAAUACUCCCGUUCCAUUUGAGGGUGAUAGGUACAAGACCGCGAUGGAAUAUUUGAGAAAAUCGGCGAGGCAGUACAAUCCUUUUGCGUUGGAAAAAUUGGGGAAAAUUGUGCAGAAGGGACUAUAUUAUCAAAAAGCAGAACCUAUCAUUGGAAAACAGAUGAUUGAACAAGCUAAUAAACUUAAAAUGGAAAUCAACUUUUAG